GCACAAUUCCUUCCUCCUACUUGCUUGCAUUGCCGUGUUCUUGCUGCUUCCUCCUCCGGCGGCUGCGGCAUGCUCAUGGGCUGUUCGGCGAUUCCCAGUAGUCACCGGAGGCACUCACCGCCGUCGAAUUAUUCUCGUCACGCUGCAAGACACGCCACCAGGAAUAAUAUGGACCGGUGCAGGAUCCUAUUCUGCCACUAGAAUUAGAACCCAGGUUUCAAAUUCCUUUGGAUUGGAUGGGAGUCGAACCUAUGCAUCCACGGUCCUAUUUAAGCAUACCCGCUGCGCUAAUCCUGUUCUCCUGCUCCAGCUGCUGCCCGAAUUAGUUGCUAGAAUCGUCUGUUUCAGUUCCAAGACUUCGUGACCACUAGCUAGAUGAUGAACGCCAAGAAGAUUAAGCUGCACGACUACCACCGCUACGGAUCGCCGCUGUGUGACCCGCAGCUGUUUCCGGCCACCGCCGCGGCGGGGCUCCCCUUCCACCCGGCUCCGGGGCUCGUGGGCUCCCUGCCGCAGCCGCAUGGCGGCGGCUGGGUUCACGAGGAGCACACCACGACGACUCCGAGGUCCGUGCUCGCGACGCAGGGGCUGCAGGGGGGCAGCUGCGUCGGCUCCGACGCCGCCGCGUUCUUCGCCGCCGAGGAGCUGAUGAUGGGCAUGCCGCGGUUCGACUGCCCUCUCGGCGGGACGCCGCCGCCGCUCCCGGACCUGACAGCUUUUGCCAAGAGACCGCCGUUUGGCCGGCCGACGACGGAGGCCGAGCAGCUGUACCACCGUCGUCCAGUCGACCCGCUGCCGAUCCGCGACGGCUCGGUGAGGACGUACUACGUCCAGCCGCAGCAGCGCGACGGCGCCACAGAGGCGCCUCCUUCACUCGAGCUGCCAUUCCAGCGGCGUCAGCAGCAGCAGCAGCAGCAACAACAAGAACGAGUGCAUGGGUUGUUCGGCAACGCUUCCGCCGGCAGGCUGCUCGGCGGCACCGGCGGCGAACCUAAAGCACACUCCUUUCCAGCUCAUCAGGUUGCGCCGAGCACGCUUCUCCCAGUGAUGGAGGCGCCGGCGGUCAUGCAGCAGAGCCCUAUGGAGAACCUGCUGUCCAGGAGCUGCAGCAUCAUCGGUGCGGCGGCGACCCACGUCGGGAGCGGAAACGCCGUCGCCGCCGCCGCCGCUGCGCCGGGGCAAGGCGCGCCGAGCAAGACGCGGAUCCGGUGGACGCAGGAUCUCCACGAGCGCUUCGUCGACUGCGUGAACCAGCUCGGCGGCGCGGACAAGGCGACUCCCAAGGGGAUUCUGAAGCUGAUGAACUCUGAUGGACUCACAAUCUACCACAUCAAGAGCCACCUUCAGAAAUACCGCAUUGCCAAGUACAUGCCAGCAUCGACGUCUGAAGGGAAACAGGAGAAAAGAGCCGCCGGAAAUGACGUGCAGAAUCUCGACCCCACUGGGAUGAAGAUCACUGAAGCACUACGCUUCCAGCUCGACGUGCAGAUGCGCCUCCACGAGCAGCUCGAGAUCCAGAGGAACCUGCAGCUGAGGAUCGAGGAGCAGGGGAAGAAGCUGCAGAAGAUGCUCGAGGAGCAGAUGAAGGUGAGCAGGACCGUGAUGGAGCCGCAGCAGGGCGCCGCCGCCGCCGCCGCCGCCGCCUUCCUCGGCGUCGGCGAGAGGGAUGAGGAGGAAGUGGAGGACGCGUUCGACGACGUGCAGGAGCAGCUGCUGGCGGCCAUGGCCAGCAGCGACGCCGGGUUCCAGUCGAAGAUAAGCUAGCCUUUGCCGCCUCCAGCUGGCUCGAUCAGCUUUGUAAUCGAUCGUAGGGUUUGAAUACAAAUGUCAGCGUAGAUGUUCUUAUACGUUACCUACAAUGUUUUCUUUUCUUUUCACGAUCGUGCUUAGCACGUUUUUCAUUAAGCAGAAAUUUUGUUAUAAAGCUAAUAUGGUAAUCCCGCGAUUACCAAAACCAUAGCCACAUAGCUCGCACGCGUCUGCUAUUACAAAAAUACCCAUUUGCGACAAGGAUACUUGUAAUGUU